UAGUAGUGAGUGAAUUCAAGUGUAUUUUCUUGUAGCUGUAAAAAUUUCGUGAAAAAUUAAUUUCAACAUUAUAAAUCCAAUGUUGAAUUAACCAUAACAAAGUUUUAUAUUCAGUGCAGCUGCAGAUAUCAUACGAUGGUUUAUAUUUUUCCAGAAAAGAAGUUAAAGUAGCGCGGUGGCGGGUUGUGAGCACGGCGCGGGAGGCGCAGGGUCGGGCGGCGGGCGGCCGGCGGCUGACACUAUACGCCGCGUCAAGGUGAAGAUGUCAUCAGUGUCGGCGCAGGGAGUCGUGGAGCGAGCCUCGGCGGAACUGUCGCGCCGCAUCACCGGCCUGGGCCUGCGCGGCCGCAAGCGUUCGCCCGGCGUCGUCGAACGCGUCGCCAAUGCGUUGUGCGGCCCGGCCACUGCCGCAGCCGCCGCGCCGCGAGUGCCGCGUCGCCGCCGUCCAUCACCCAGACCAUUGUCUUGGAAUCAAUUUAUUUUAGAAGAGCGGUUUCUAGAAAAGUUUUUUCUAUACUUCAAUGCAAACGAUAGAAGGUCACUUGCACAAGUGUGUACCAGAUGGCGUGAUAUACUGUACUCUUCACCACGCUGGUGGAAUGGCCUCGUUGCCGUACUUGAUUGUCGAGAGCUACGGUCAGCCACAGGAUGUUGUAUGCAAAGAUUUUACAACUCUCUGAUAAGGAGAGGCAUACGUGGAGUAGUCUUAGUAUCUGCUUCUGAUGAUGAUAUCAAUGAAUUUAUAAGACAGUUUCCUUUGUCAGCCCAUCAUAUUCAUGCCAUUGGCUUAAAAGGAUGUACAAUAACUGACAGAGGGCUGGAAGCUGUUUUGGAUCAUCUUCAGGUCCUCUUUGAGCUAGAACUAACUGGAUGCAAUGAAAUAACCGAGGCUGGUUUGUGGGCAUGCCUAACUCCACGAAUUGUCUCUCUCACACUCACUGAUUGCAUUAACAUUGCUGACGAGGCUGUCGGGGCAGUAGCGCAACUUCUACCAUCGCUGUAUGAGUUUUCUCUUCAAGCGUACCACGUGACGGACGCCGCUUUAGGAUACUUCUCGCCGAAGCAGAGCGCUUCCCUCAGUGUGUUGCGCUUGCACAGUUGCUGGGAGCUCACUAACCAUGGCGUUGUUAAUAUAGUGCACUCUCUACCGAACCUGACGGUGCUAUCCCUGAGCGGGUGCAGCAAGGUGACGGACGAGGGCGUGGAACUGCUAGCGGAGAACUUGCCGCGCCUGCGCAGUCUCGACCUCAGCUGGUGUCCGCGCGUCACUGACAACGCGCUCGAGUAUAUCGCAUGCGAUCUCAAUCAUCUUGAGGAGCUUACGUUGGACAGAUGCGUGCACAUAACGGACAUCGGCGUGGGCUACAUCAGCACGAUGCAGUCGCUGGUGGCGCUGUUCCUGCGCUGGUGCUCGCAGGUGCGCGACUUCGGCGUGCAGCACCUCUGCGGCAUGCGCUCGCUGCAGCUGCUGUCCCUCGCCGGGUGUCCUUUGUUGACGUCCGGCGGGCUGUCGAGCCUCAUACAGCUGCGACAGCUACGCGAGUUGGAGCUGACGAACUGCCCCGGCGCCUCGCCUGAACUCUUCGACUAUCUCCACGAACACUUACCGAGAUGCCUCAUCAUAGAGUAAGCUAUUCUUUAUGUACCUUGUAAUCCGCAUUUACACCACCAGUCACAAACACAUUACAUACAUUAUGGGCUACAUAUUUUAUAUUAGCCACAAGACGUUAGGUCGUUGUUGCACCUUACACUAAUUUCGCAGUACAAAUCUGUGGAAAUAUUUUCUUUUGAUAUCUAGAUGUUCCCUGUUUUAUGUAGAUUUCCGACUGUCAGAAUAUUAAAUUGUUGAAUUUCUAGGGGUAUGAAUAGUAUAGUAUGUUACAAGGUUUGCGCUACAGUUUUAACAGUCUGUAACCCUAAAUAUGUUAACGACGCGUAGAGUCUGCUUCGCCAACCACUACUUCCGGGAGACAUGCUGUCUUACGCGAAAUGUUGAUGUACUUAAAAAUAUAAUAGAAAUAAAUCGAAAGAGGAAUCGUCCAUAAACUCAUGAUCGUGUGGUGUACACAGUUGAGUAACGUCAUGGUAGAUUAUUAAUACUCUUGUGUUGUAUCUUCUAUUUUAGUCAUACAGAUGCGAAUCAUUUGCAUUUUUAUUGUUUUCAAGACUUCACGCUUCUAGUCCUAGUUUUCAAACUAAUGAAGGAAUCGUAGUUAUAUAAGUGAGGUAACCCACCAAUUAUACACCUUGUUAAAAUUAAUAACUUUUUCAACUACGCUUGAAUAGUAACUAUAGCUAGUACAUUGUAGUAUUAUUCAAAAGUCUAACAUUCUCCUUUAUAGUUUACCUAAGUGCGUUCUUGAUCUCAAUUAUUGUAGAUAUUGUUUACUUUUCGAAUGAUCUUAUUCCUAAGCAAUUGCUCAAAUUGUGUGAUGUCAUGUUGUGGUGGAUGUCGUGAACUAUUACUUCUCACUCUCAGAUCACCUGAACUAAAGCCCUCUUAUUAUAAAAACUGCCGCAAGUAGUGGUUUAAACCCGACUGAAGACGUCUUGGUUUGUUACGGUACUUACGAUAGUCUUGACAUCCUUAUUACAAAACGUAGACUAAGAGAAGACUGUUUAGUACUUCGAUUUGUCUGUGUGUGUGUGUGGUUCAAAUAAUAUCCACAGAUUAUAAGCAACAAAUAUUUAAAUCAUUCGCUCAAUCGUUCCGAAUUCUAUGCGCCGUUCCUUUUUAUAUUAUUUUGUUAAGUCUAUUUUGAUGAAAAAUAAAUAACUAUGAUAAUAAAAAAAAUAUCUCUGCAGUUGAAAAUAUUACUUUUUAUUAUUUAAAGGUAAUUUUAUAUUUCUAGUAUCUUUUAACGAUAUACAUGAUCCAAUUAUUCUCUUUUAAACAACUAUCGAGUUUGCGCGUAUAACGGAACGCCAGCGCGCGUAUCCAAGUUGUUUUGUUUUUAGGUUAGAAAUAAUUUGGAUU